UUGUACAUUACACCACUCUCUCCUUCCCUCUUCUUUGUAGUGUGGGAAUUUAGCAUUUAAAAACCCCAAAUAACCCAAAACCGUCUCUACUCAUCAUAACCGGAGUCGGAGAAGUCUCUCUGCCGCCAUUUAAUGCCACCACGUUCUAUCUCAUAACCAACUUUAACCGGAGAAUAAAAUCAAAUUUAAUGUCGGUUCACGGAAGAUUCCCGGCGAGUCCACCGGUUUCAUCAUCUUCCACGUCGCCGUCGUCAACGCCACCUGAUCUGAAGCAACGAGUCAUCGCUUGUCUCAACAAGCUAGCCGAUCGAGACACGUUAGCUCUCGCUUCAGCUGAGCUUGACUUGAUCGCGAAGAGCCUCACUCACGACUCCUUCUCUCCGUUUCUCAACUGUAUCCACAACACUGACUCUUCCGUUAAAUCUCCGGUGAGGAAACAGUGCGUCGCUCUCUUGUCGCUUCUCUCUCGUUACCACGGCGAUUCUCUCACGCCUCACCUUGCUAAGAUGGUUUCCACCGUCAUCCGCCGUUUACGAGAUCCGGAUUCCUCUGUUCGGUCCGCUUGUGCCGUCGCGACGGCGGAUAUGUCGGCUCACGUCACGAGGCAGCCGUUUGCUUCCGUCGCGAAGCCGUUGAUUGAGACUUUGGUUCAGGAAGGUGAUUCGAAUCUGCAGAUCGGAGCUGCCUUGUGUUUGGCGGCGUCUGUUGAAGCGGCGACGGAUCCGGAGUCGGAGCAGUUGAGGAAGUCGUUGCCUAAGAUUGGGAAGUUGCUAAAGAGUGAAGCUUUCAAGGCUAAAGCUGCGUUGUUGAGUGCCGUGGGGUGUAUCAUUACCGCCGGUGGUGCCGGGACUAAACCGGUUUUGGAUUGGUUAGUUCCGGUUUUGAUUGAGUUUUUGAGCAGUGAAGAUUGGGCAGCCAGGAAGUCUGCCGCGGAGGCGUUGGGUAAAGUUGCGACGGCGGAAGAUUUGGCUUCUCAGUACAAGAAAGCUUGCACGGCGGCUCUUGAGACCAGAAGAUUUGAUAAGGUGAAAAGUGUUAGAGAAACAAUGAAUCGAGCAUUGAAUCUGUGGAAAGAAGUUUCAAAUGAUGAUGAAGCUUCUUUAUCUCCAUCAAGAUCUUCAACAGAUGAUGGUAGCAUUGGAUGCUAUACCUCUGUCACGAGAAGUUCGACCAUUGACGUUGGUUUUAAAUCAUCGGCUAGGCCAAAGAAAGUAACGCCUAUAAUGAAGAGGUCCCCAUCUUUGCCUGUGAAUAGAUCAUAUGCACCAACUAGACAAAAGGAGAACCUUCCAAAACGAAAUCAAGGGAAUGUGACCAUGUUAGCACCAGAAGCCUCUAUUGUGGAUAACAAGGGACCACUGUUUACGCCGGUUAAACAAUCUUCGGUGGAACCGGAUGAGAAGGCCAACUCUGGGGGACCAGAUAUAAUCAAACAUACUAUCUCUGAGAAAAGCCGGGAAGAUUACAAAGUAUCCAACUCUGGUGGCUUGAGGUCUAGCUCAAGGGUUGCUCCUUGCAGUAGUGACGAUGGUGAUUCUUAUGAUUCUGUUACCAAGAGUUGUAAAGAUGAUGUUGAUGAGAGCAGGAAGGAUAGUGAGGAACUCUCUUUGAUACGUGAACAGCUUGCUCUGAUUGAGAAUCAACAGUCUAGUCUCUUAGACCUACUACAGAAAUUCAUGGGAACAUCACAGAGUGGCAUCCAGUCUCUGGAGUCUCGUGUCAGCGGUCUAGAGAUGGCUUUGGAUGAAAUAUCAUGCGAUCUGGCGGUUUCUAACGGGAGAGUUCCUAAGAAUAGUGGUAGCUGUGCAGGGGAGAGCUGUUCCAAACUACCUGGUACAGAGUUCUUAAGUCCCAAGUUCUGGCGAAAAACGGAGGAGAGACCACGGAUUAGAAACACAGCUAGUGAAAUGGCUGCUCAUGACCGAGUAUCAACAGACGCGAACAACAUUCAAAGGGGAGGUUCGGUUUUUCAGAAGAGAUCACCAAGAGACCAGUUCCAAGACUCCAUGCAUACAACAAUUCAUAAACCGACCACCAGAUUAUCUACUUGAAGCAAAAGAGAGAAAGAGUGCACUUGAGUGGUUUCAAUUUUUUGAGGAAGAGAGUGAUUGAUGAUGUGAGGAUUGAAGCACAAAGAGAAGCUGAACAGAGACACUGACUCAAGAAAGCUGAAAAUGAAAAGCCAAAAUCUCAGAUUCUAUGCUUUGCUUCAAACCGCUUGUUUGAAAUAUUCAGCUCUCUCUCACACAUGUUUAAGCAAGCUUCAAAUUAUUAAUUUAAUCAGCGAGUGAAUCAAUAGAGAGAGUUUCAAAAGAUUAAAAAUGCAUGUGAAUAGAUCUGAUAUUUAUGUAAUGUGAGAGCAUUUUAGAGUUAUUGACAAAACCAUGAUGAAUAGAGGAGAUGUAAAGAUUUGUGUGACUCUCUCUGAUCUUGUACUGUAAAUCUUUUGGGAAAGAAAGGAAUGAUUGGUUUGCUA